AAGAAAACACGAGUGUGAAAAAAGCGACGAGAAGCGGAUGGCGAAUUUCUCUGUGGAUCUCCCGUCGUCUGGAUAAAAUUGGACUUUCUUGUGCAAAAUUGUGACUAAAUUGGUGUAAAUUAUAGUGUAAUCGUAAGUUUGUGCGAUCGGCGAUAAAUUGUGACCAUUUCCUCCCGUAAAGCAGAGAGCAGUAAUUACCGAAACUCCGAUAAAGAAUCGAACCUAUUUACCCAUGUCGAAGAAAGAGUAAAGUGUUGUGUGUGCAAACAUUGCCUCAGAGUGUAAUCUCUGGUUUUCGUGUGAGAGCAUUUUGUAAUAAAUAAUAUUUGAAGAUAAUCGAAGUGAAGUUGAAGCCAGAGUAAUAGGCGUAAAGUGGUUUAAGCAAACUAAAGCAGAGUACCUACCUAGAAAAAAAGGAAAAGAGUUUGAGUGAGCAAACAGUAGUGGCAAGGAAGAACAGCUCAUUUGAACAAAGCCAGCAGCAGCAACCCCGCUCCGUGUAUGGUCCGCCGUCGGUGGAAGAAUCUGUCGAAGAAGACCCAGCAGGGGGUGGCACAAGGGUGCAAAAGCUGGCCUGAAGUGAUUCGGAAAAAGAAAACAAAAAAAUAAUUAUGAGUAAUUUAAAAUCUCACAGCGUUCCGCGAUUCCUACUCUUGGCAGUCGCGGAUCUCGCGAAUCGUAUCAAUUGUGGCUUUUGUUGUUAUUAUUAAAUGCGUGUAAUAAAAGUCUAAAAAAGAAACCCCGAUGCAAAACGGCAGCGACUGGACUGUGGAAUAUCAGCAGGAGGAGUGAUUUUCUAUUCAAAUGUUUCAGCGCGAGUAUGUGUGUGUUUCCUAGUAUGUGUGACUCCCCAUAGCGUGUGUUAUUGCUAUACUUCAAACAAUUCAGUCCCAGUCCAGUAAAGCGGGGAAGCGUGGAUCUAAUAAUUAAACUCAGUAACAGUACCGAUCAGUUCAGUGAGCACGUCAAGUGCAAAACUUGUUGCGAAUCGGUUCGUAACCGUUCGUAACUCUACUACACACAGAAACGGGAUACCUUUGGAGCAGCAGUUAGGAGAGUGAGGCAGUGCAAAGUGAUUGAAUAAGUUUUUUUUCCACGUGGGAUCGGACCUGAAGCAGCGGUGGCCAUGGACGGCGUAAGGGCGUUGGACAUUCUGCCACUGCUGCAGGAACGCUUCGCGUUGCUUUCCGGUGGCCGGGACAACCGGGGUGGACCCAUUAUCUGCUUCCCGGCGACGACCAAGCGGGAACGGGUCAAACCCGAGGAUAUCAAAAGGGUCAUCAGCUAUUUCAUCGGAAUACCAAGUGAUGAAAGCAAAGCCCAUGGAUUCACCAUCAUCAUCGAUAUGCGUGGGAACAGCAACACCGCGGCAAGUGCAAAGAUGAUUCUGAAAGUGCUGCAAGAGAAUUUCGGCUCUGACAUCAUUCAUCAAGCGGUGAUCAUCAAGCCGGACAACUUCUGGCAGAAACAACGCUCAUCGAUUGCCAGCAGCAAGUACAAGUUCGAGACCACAACCAUUUCGAUCCAAUCGCUGAGCAAAGUGGUGGAACCUUCACAGCUAACUUCGGACUUUGAAGGUUUCCUGCACUAUGAUCACAACAUGUGGAUCGAUCUGCGGGUGGCGUUUGAAGAUUUCCUGUGGCAAGCAAGUGACAUCCUCGACCGGAUUGACGAUCUGCAGGAAGAUCUCCAGCAUUCGGACUUCCCGGAGGAUGUUAACAGUGCAAAGCAUAGCAGCGAGAAUCACAACGAAAUGAAACGCAAGAUCUUGAAACUGCCCAUUGAAGAUCUGGAUCUGCUGGGGCAAAAGCUGCUCGGUAAAUUCACCUCGUACUCGAAUCGAAACGACGAAAGUUGCCACUCAACGUCAUCACCAUCCAAGUGUCACAAUCCGGACAUUUCAUCCGCGUUGAAUCAGGUUCUUCAGCAGCUCGAAACGGUUCGGAAUGCACAACAGCAGCUACUGAGCAUGUGGCAGCACCGGAAGACCACGCUGGAUCAGUGCUUCCAGUUGAGACUUUUCGAGCAAGACUGUGAGAAAAUGUUCGACUGGAUUCUGCAUAAUCGGGAUGUCUUCCAAGAGACGUACGUGGUGAUUGGGCACAACUACACGAUGGCCAAGAAGAUUCUCGAUGACCAUCAACGGUUUGCGGUUACGUCGAGAAACGUAUCCUCCAACAUCAAUCGAAUAUUGGCCGUAGCUGGCAACCUGAUCGAAAGUAAUCACUACGCCGCCCAACAUAUCCGCACGCUGGCGACCAGGCUGGACAAAACAUGCAAGGAUUUCGUUACCACGUUGGACGAACGGACGGCAGUGCUUUCACUUUCGGUUGUGUUCCAUCAUAAGGCGGAACAGUAUACGGAUAGCGUGACCAGCUGGGCAGCGGCCUGUGAAGCUACCAUUCCGACGCCAACCAAUGUGGAAAGUUUGGAAACGGCAAUCCGAACCCAUCAAUCGCUGUACGAGGCGAUGUGCCAGGCCUACACGGAGGUGCACUCCACUAGUAAAAAGCUUCUGUACCAAUUGGAUCACCUGGUGCAGGUUUGCAACCAGCCGCCGGCUGUCAAUACGAGGAAGAAUGAUACCAAUCACUUCAACGGUGGCAAUCCGGCGGCUGACUAUAGCGAAGGUGCGUCUCAUGUAUUGGCAGUUAUUCAUCAAAUACUCGGCCAUCAUCGAGCGUUGGAAAGCAAAUGGCACGCCGGGAAAUUGCGGCUACAUCAGAAGCUAGCUCUCCGGCUGUUUCAGGAGGACGUGAAGCAGGUGCUCGAUUGGUUACAGAAUCACGGCGAUGUGUUCCUGCGGAAAAACCGUGGCAUCGGAAAAAGUUUGCAAAAGGCUCGGAUAUAUCAAACCAGUCACGAGCAUUUCGAAAAUGUUGCUCAGAAUACCUACAGGAAUGCGGAGAAACUGCUGGCAGCUGCCGAAGAGCUGGCUCGGUCCGGUGAAGUUGCACCGCAGGAGAUAUUUUCCGUGGUUAGAGAGUUAGAAACUAAUGUGGCCUCGUUUGCGGAACGCGUAGAACAGAGAAGAAGGCGAUUGGAUCUGGCGGUGUUGUUCUAUACCAACGAGAAAGAAAUUGCAGUAUGGUCGGAACAGUUGCAUACUGAAAUGGCAAAUGAGGAAUCGAUGGAACUGGCAAAUGAGACUCUGGAAGGUACGGAGCGUAUUCUGGAACAGUGCAAAGAACAAGAAGAAAACACGCUGAAAACCUGCAUCCAAGCCAUUGCUCAAGGUGAGGCACUGCUGCAAGAACUGAGAGCAAUUGAAGAGGAAGAUUCGUCCGGAUCGCUAACGGCAGUGCAGAAUGCUUUGGAACGAAUACAGAAAAAUCGUCUCGAAUUAGAAACUCUCUGGCAGGCACGGAAGAUGAAGUUCGAUAUGUAUCUGCGGUUGAGAAUAUUCGAACGAGAUGCACUGGAAGUUAGUUCCCAGCUGGAAAUGUGGGCGGAAGAGUUGCAGCAUACGGAUGUGUCCAGAGAUUUCCAGAAGACCGAACAAGUGCUUCGGUUGCACAACGAAUCUGUCAGUCAAAUGCAAACCACCACCUACCAGAUGAUUAACACUGGGCAGGAACUGAUGCAGCUGUUCGAGACGUCGGGGGUGUUGAUAAUGGCCGACCCGCACACGACUGCCCAAACCAGGGUGCAAUAUUUGCUGGAAUUUUUGCACGAUCGGGAACUGGACCUGGAGGAUUUGGCCGAGGCGAAGCGUAUCAAGCUGGAGCAAUCGAUGCAGCUGUGUCACUUUCAGAACGAUGCCAACCAGGUUAUCUCGUGGAUUCGGAACGGGGAAGCCAUGCUGAUGGCAAACUUUUCGAUUCCGAAUAGCUACCAGGAGGCAGAGCAGUUGCGGAAGGAGCACGAGCAGUUUCAGGUUGCCAUCGAACGAACCCACACGUCUGCGGUGCAAGUAAAGUACCGUGCCGAUGCACUGAUGAAUGCCAACCACUACGAUCCGCAAAGCAUCAAGGACAUCGCGGACGAAGUCACAAAGAAGUGGCAAAAGCUAGUCACCUGCGCCGAGGAGCGCCACAAGCUGGUAACGGCUUCGUUAAACUUUUUCAAAACCGCCGAACAAGUGUGUAGUGUGUUAGAUAGUUUGGAGAAGGAAUACCGCCGCGAGGAGGAUUGGUGUGGCGGCGGUGGAUCGACGGAUAAAGGUCAACAAAUAGUGCAACUAAUUUCUAAACACCAAGAGCAGAAGGAAGCGUUCCUGAAAGCUUGUACCUUGGCUCGACGAACGGCUGAAACAUUCCUUAAAUACGCGGCACGGUCGCUGCAAUUCUAUCACAUUAAGACGACUGUAAAUAGUGAGUCUCGGGUUAAGUCUAUACUGGAUAAAUUGCUAACACAGGAAACGCAGGUUCUCGAAUACUGGACCCAGCGGAAGAAGCGACUGGACCAGUGCCAACAGUUUGUACUCUUCGAAAGAUCUGCCAAGCAGGCGAUCGAAUGGAUCCAUGACACUGGAGAGGCAUAUCUGUCAUCCAGGAACAAUAAACUGUGUGGCAGUAAAGAGGAGACUGAAGUGCUUCUGAGAGAGCACAAUGAGUUCAAAGGAACGGCAAAGGAGACGCGGGAACGUGUCAAACUGUUGAUUCAACUGGCUGACUCCCUGGUGGAGAAAGGGCAUGCCCAUGCCAGUUCGAUAAAACAGUGGGUGGCGACCGUAGAUAAUCGCUACAAGGACUUUAGCAGUAGAAUGGAACUCUAUAGGACUAAUUUAGAAAAAUCGCUUGGCCUACCUGGUAUACAGCAACAAGAUGACAAUAAUAGUAGUGGUAGUAAUAGUUGCCUUAGCAGUAAAUCCAUUUCAUCCUCCACGACAUCCGUCUCGACGGGAUCGUCCACCAGCGGCAUUUCCUCAGCCUCUUCCACAAUGACAACUGGUAGUUCAGUGCUGGAGUAUCGCCAUUCCGACCCCUCGCUGGAAACAAAACUCAAUGCAGCCGCGGCCGGUCCUGGUUCGGUUGGCGUUCCCAAAGAAAUGAAUGAGGAGAAACGAAAGUCCGCUCGAAAGAAGGAGUUCAUCAUGGCUGAACUGCUGCAAACUGAGCGGACCUACGUCAAAGAUCUCGAAACGUGCAUAACCGUGUUUGUGAAUGAGCUGAAAAGUGGCGUCAAUGUGCCCCCUAACCUUCUAGGCAAGGAACACAUCCUAUUUAGUAACAUCGAAGAUAUUUACCAAUUCCAUGAGAAAAUAUUCCUCAGAGAGUUAGAAAAGUAUGAAACUAUGCCCGAAGACGUAGGCCAUUGCUUCGUAACGUGGGCGGCAAAGUUUGAUAUGUACGUGUAUUACUGUCAGAAUAAACCCCAAUCCAACGAUUACAUGGUUCAGUACGGUGGAACCUAUUUCGAUGAAGUGCAACGAAAACACAAACUCGAACACUCGCUGCCGGCUUUCCUAAUCAAGCCGGUGCAACGAAUCACCAAAUAUCAGCUCCUGUUGAAAGAUCUCCAAUCGUGCUGCGACGAAGGUCAAGGCGAAAUCAAGGACGGCCUCGAAGUGAUGUUAAACGUACCGAAGAAAGCUAACGAUGUGAUGCAUUUGAAUUUGCUGGAAGGAUGUGAUAUACCUAUUGAUAAUCUUGGUGAUGUUGUCCUGCAGGAUUCCUUCCUAGUGUGGGACAACAAGCAGAUUCUGAUUAAGAAAGGUCGCGAACGGCACGUGUUCCUGUUCGAGCUGUAUAUUCUGUUCUCGAAGGAGGUGAAAGAUACCAACGGUACCGUUAAGUACAUCUACAAGAGCAAGCUGCUGACAUCUGAUUUCGGUGUUACCGAGCACAUUGAAGGUGACGAGUGCAAGUUUGCCAUAUGGACCGGCCGAGCGCCGAUGUUGUCUGAUUAUCGGAUAGUGCUCAAAGCCACCAGCCUCGAAACCAAACAAAUGUGGGUGAAACGGCUACGGGAAGUGAUACAGGAGACGUAUUUCUCUGGUACCUCUUUCUCGCUGCUGAAAUCUCCGGCCAAGGUCAGCUCCAAGCCGCUUGGCCAACGACUGUCGAAGGACAUCGACGAUACGCUUAACGAUAAUGACCAGGACGGAAGCUCGCUGGCAAGCUUCGGUUCUGGCAACACCACCGACAGCGAGAAGGGAGGCUUAGCCGAGGUAACGUGGGUGAUAGCAGACUAUACUGCAUCCCAAGGCACAUCGGAAUUGACCGUGACCAAGGGCGCUCAGGUGGAGAUUUUGGACAUGAACUGUUCCGGAGCGCCUGAAUUUUGCCUAGUUCGGUUACCGAUCAACUCUACCGAUAGCCAGGAAGGGCUGGUGCCGGUAUCGGUGCUCAAACCGCUGCCAUCGUCCCAUAGUAAACUGAACAACAAACAGCGGGAUGCUGACGCGCUUGGAGAAGUACCCCAGGAAAAUGACUGCAUUCUGCCAAAUCAACAUACAUCACCAGUCAACAAACGAAAGGGCUUCAGUGGGAAAAAAUGGCUUCCGACUCAGUUCCGUAAACUAUCGCACGGCAAGUCGGACAAAUUACCUCCUGUGGAGAAAACACUCAUCAGUAAAAAGGGAUCAGAUAAAAAAGCAAAGGACAAACCACUGGAGGAAGUGGAACCAUCCACGACCGCCGCGCAGAUCGAGUUGGAAGCCGAAGAGGAACCAACCAUCGAGCUGCCACCGCCCAUGAAACCGAUCCAAGAUGCAACCACGGCCUUGUCCGGUACCCCCUCGUCCACCUUGUCCUCGACGGAGGACCAAACCUGUACUAGUGCUAAGAUAACGAAAGCUUUAUCACUCAAGUCGCUGGAGGAACCCCCAGCGGCGGUGAACCAAACAGCUGAUGUAGCGGAAAUUGAACGAAUAGUCAAAGAAAAGAUGCAAAGUUUCAAAUAUCUGGAAAAUGACACAGCCAUCACAAGCAACAGUAUUGCAGAGGGAGGUAGCAGUAGUAGUAUGGGAGUCGUCGGUUCCGGACUGGACGAUUCCGCCAUUGGGGUGCCAUCGGUGAGUAACGGAGGAGGAAGCAGUAGUGCAGCUAGCUCUGUGGGUGGCAGCGGAUUGGCCCUUAUCAAACCACCCAUUUCGCCACAGUAUUUCGAAAGCGAGAACAUUGACGAGAACCUGACCGACGAGCAAGGUAUCGAGGAUAUUCUUCGGAAGCGAAUGUUCGCUCUUAAGGAACUCGUCACCACUGAGGAUGCGUACGUGAAUGACCUGUCGCAGAUCGUCAAUGGCUACAUUGCCGAGAUUCGAAAUCCAAACAGCACUGUGCCGAUCCCAGAUGACCUAAAGGGUGGCAAAGAGCGGAUGGUGUUUGGCAAUAUGGAAGCAAUCUACGAGUGGCAUCGAGACACCUUCUUGAAAGCGCUACAAAGGUGUCAGCUGAACCCACACGAGCUCGGACCAUUAAUAAAGCGAAGCGAGCGAAAGCUUCACAUGUAUGUCGUGUAUUGUCAGAACAAGCCGGUGUCGGAACACAUUGUCCAGGAGCAUAUGAGUUACUUCGAUGAAUUACGCUUAAAAUUAAAAUAUAAAUUAUGUUUAGGAGAUAUGCUCAUUAAACCUGUCCAAAGAAUAAUGAAGUACGAGUUACUGUUUAAAGAUAUCCUGAAGCAUACUCAGAGGGCCGGUCUCACCGAGGAAAUUCCAGGAUUGAAAGACGCAAUGCAUAUAAUGCGAGUAGUUCCUAAGGCAGCCAACGACAUGAUGGAUGUCGGUCGGCUGCAGAAAUUUGAGGGUAAGAUAACGGCACAGGGUAAGCUACUACUGCACGGUCCGCUUUACUGUGUCGAAGGUGCCAGUAGUAGUGAUAAGAACUCGUACAACACUCAGAAGCCGAAAGAACUGCACGUGUUCCUGUUCGAGCAGAAUAUCAUCUUUGCGGAGAUCGUCGGCAAGAAGACGCAGUUCACGAGCCCGAGCUACAUCUACAAGGCGCACAUACAGGUGAACAAGAUGACCCUGCAAGACUUAUCCGACCAAACCAAUGGAAAUCGGUUCUCGCUUUGCUCAAUCGAUCCGCAGCGCUCCAGUCUUAGCUUUAUCUGCACCGCGCCAACGAUCGAGCUGCACAACGAGUGGCUCAACACAAUUCGUAACAUUCUGCAGACGCAGAAUGAUUUUCUAAAAGCAAUACAAAGUCCUAUCGCCUACCAGAAGGAGCUAACAAAGGACUCUUAAAAAAACUCUUAACAAAAAAUACAAACAUACAUUAAUGCUGCAGCAAGCGUGACUUUAUCGGUUUAAGUGAAGCAAAAUCAUCUAUUUACAACAUUCAGCGAGAGAUAACGCAAAACAUCUAGGACGACCCGGUAAAACGGUAAAGUACACGAGUUUCAAACGGUUUGGUUUUAUAUAAGCUCCCUGCCAAGUGCGAAAGAGCGGGAGGAAGCUCACAUUUUCAAGGCAAUGUGAAGAUUUAAAUCAAAUUUUAAGAACAACAACAACUUACAAAUUUUAGGUAAGCCACAAAGUAUGGAUAAUUUGUAAUUAUUGAAACUACAUUAUACAGAAAACAAGUAUGACAAAUUAUUGCGACAAACAUCAAUAUACAGACACAAAAGUGAUGAUCAAAAUUACACAACACUAAAAUGAAUCGAUAACAAAAUGGGAACGCUUACCAAAAAUUAAUGGUUUGUGAACAACGCGUAUGUGAAACAUAAUAUGGAUAAUAUAAAACAAAUUCUACAUUUAUAUUACAUUCGUGUAUGGAACAGCAAAAACAAAUACAAAAGAAAACAACAGCUAGGAUAAUUCAGCAGCAGAAAAGGAAACUAUCAAACGUGGGUAACAAAAUAUAUUUUAUUAACUUUACUAUAUGCAGAACCUAAAAAAAAAUGUGAAUACCAAGAGCAAAACAAACUAAAACAAACCACAGUAAAAUAGGAUAAGAGAAAAGGAAACCUUACCAAAUCGAUUAUCACGUAUAAAAAAAAAACAAACAAACUCACACACACGCAAAUGGUAGCAAAGAAAAGAAGAACAUAUUUUUCGAUCGUUUUGAAUCGUAGUAUUGAUUGGAUUUCGUCCCAUUACUUUAUAAAUAAGCAUGAAUCGUUUCCAGGGCAGCAUCAGCAACGCAGUGAAUAUCAAUUAGGGUAUUUUCAUUUGCUUUCCUAUGAGGGCAGAAAAUGGAAUAUAUUGCCUCUCAAGAAUCCAAAACAAUCUGUUUUUAGUUAAAUGCAUUACUUAUCAGGUACUAAACAGCACUGGAGACUACAAGUUUUGCAUCGUGCAUCAAUAUCCGACACCUACUAAGCUACAAUCUAAUGGAAACGCAGGGUCAGCAGCAGGCAUUUCCCAAUCGACAGGCGUCUGCGGCAGUUCUCCAGUGUUGCCCUCCUCCAUUCACACAACGAACUGAUGUUGUGAACCACUCAACAAGCGUCCUUUUUCUAUGCAAAAGGAAAUCGUAGCAUUUCAAAUUUGUUUAAGCUGAGUAUGCAAACAGAAACACGGAUGCUGCAAAAUUUCGUGGGAUCCAGCGGUAUCUACGUGGACAUAGAAGUGUUACAGUAUUAUCUUGUUUAAGAAGUCUUAAUUUUUGUUUUUUUGAGUGUAUCAAUUUGUCAGUUAAGUAAAGAAAGUUAGUAAAAUUUAAAUUGUUUGAUCUGUUUCAAAACUUUUGUCUAGUGAAGAAAAGCCAUGUCUAUUAUUUACCAAAUAUUAACCUUCGAUUCUUCGAUCCCACGAAAACAGAAAAAAAAACAAACAAACUAUUCAGAUUAAGUUAUACAAAUCUGUAUAAAUGGAUGUUUCCCUAGAAGAAAGUGACGUGACAAACUGUACAUUGUUUGCUUUAGAUAACUAAAUGAACCUAUGACGAACCGAAAUCUUAUACGUGCAGAAAACAAGGAAGUUGAGCGUUUGUCGAAAUUUCCCUAUCUUUUGAGCAGCGCUCUGCUGAGCAUUUCGUCAAAUUACCACCGAAUUUUCAUUUAAAAUCAAUGCCCCUUACUUUUUCCCUACCAUUGAGUGCUUUGGAUUUGGGGAAAAUUUUCCUGUAGGUAGCUCACCAGAACGAGAGUGCGCUGUUUUUGUAUAUACACGUACCAACCAGUAACGUUCGGAAAAGACUCGUUAUUUCGCCGGACAAAAUCCGAAAUCUAUUUUUUUUUCACCUUCUUAUCGAACUGUGAUUACGCGAAAACAGAUGAGUGAAAUUUAGUUCUUUUUGUAAAUCCAAUUACGGAUGUCUUCUUCGGAUCCCAAAAAGUAAUUUUUGGCUCGCAGCGCGUUGGUACUUCGAGAGACCACAAUGCACGUUUCGGGUUGGGUUUCUUGAUUUUGUAAUGCGUUUAUUGUAAGUAAAUGUAAGAGAGAGAUGAGAAAUAACAGAUUACAGGUAUGUUAUGUGGAUGGGAAAAUCGAAAAGAACAAAAUGUGGAGGAAGAAAAAAACAUAGACAGAGAAAAGUUCUGUAAAAUUUGUGUGAUAAUAUUUACUAGUAAUAUGUUAUGUUUAAUUUAUGAAUUUAUCCUAAUUAUAAAUUACAAUCACCUAAAAUCCUCUAUUCAAGGAAAUGAAGAUAAAACGAGCCGGUUCAAAACAAAACAAAAAAAACUAAAAUUCACGGACGUUAUUCGUGAAUAGAGUAAAAAAUAACAUGUGAAAAGCAGUAAAUAAAAUGCAUGAAAAUCGAUCAAAAUAAUAA